CCCUCCGCAGAAACGCGCAAUCCAUUCGUCCACUCCCCGCCCGGUCUCGAGAUCCCACAUCGCACGCACCGCUUCCUCCGAUCCCCGGCCGGCAGGCGCCCGAGCCCGAUGGCGACGCUCAAGGUCCCCUCCAACGUCCCGGCCCUCGCCGACGACUGCGACAACCUCCGCAAGGCCUUCCAAGGGUGGGGCACGAACGAGGCGCUCAUCAUCUCCAUCCUCGGCCACCGCGACGCGUCGCAGCGCCGCGCCAUCCGCAAGCACUACGCCGACACCUACGGCGAGGAGCUGCUCCGGAGCAUCACCGACGAGAUCUCCGGCGACUUCGAGAGGGCCGUGAUCCUGUGGACGCUGGACCCGGCGGAGCGGGACGCGGUGCUCGCCAACGAGACCGCCAGGAAGUGGCACCCCGGGAACCCCGUGCUGGUCGAGAUCGCCUGCGCGCGCGGCUCCAAGCAGCUCUUCGCCGUCAGGCAGGCCUACCAUGACCGCUUCAAGCGCUCGCUCGAGGAGGACGUCGCUUCCCACGUCACCGGCGACUUCCGCAAGCUGUUGGUGCCACUUGUAAGCUCACACCGCUACGAGGGACCAGAGGUCAACACAAGGUUGGCUCAUUCAGAAGCCAAAUUACUACACGAGAAGAUUGAGCAUAAGGCUUAUGCUGAUGAUGAGGUCAUCAGAAUUCUCACCACCAGGAGCAAAGCUCAGCUGCUUGCAACAUUCAAUAAUUACAAUGAUACAUUUGGUCACCCGAUCACUAAGGAUCUGAAGGCUGACCCCAAGGAUGAGUUCCUCAAGACCCUGCGGGCGGUCAUCCGGUGCUUCACCUGCCCUGAUAGGUACUUUGAGAAGGUGGCCAGGGUGGCCAUUGCAGGGAAUGGAACCGAUGAGAACUCCCUCACUAGGGUCAUCACCACCCGCGCCGAGGUGGACCUGAAGCUGAUCAAAGAGGCGUACCAGAAGAGGAACAGUGUUCCCCUGGAGAAGGCCGUCGCAGGCGACACCUCCGGCGACUACGAGAGCAUGCUCCUUGCCCUCCUGGGGAAGGAGUGAGCCUUGCCCCUGUAUCCAAUUCCACCCCCUGUUAUCCUUUUAUAUAUCUCGAUCGGAGAAUAAACCCUGGUGUGCAAGGCCGUAGUCACUCUGGUUAUGACCUUGCAUAACAGUGAGAAUAAAAUAGAGAUGUGCUUUACGAUGAGUCAUAUAGUAGUACCUUUUGUACUUAGAUGCUGGCGUGUGAAAUACCGAGGGCAUAUUGAAAAGUUGAGUUUUCUGUAAGCCUGAAAAGUAUAUACUCCUAUCUUGCAUCUGUUUUUCUUCCGUUA